GCCCCGCCUCCGCGUCCCGGCAGCCCCAGAGCUGGCGGCCGGGGAGUGAGCGGCGCUCACCGAGCGCAGCACCCAGCGCAGCUUGGCCCCAGCGGCGCCGCCUGGAGCACGGACCCUGCGGGACAGAGCCCGGAGCCUAGAGGCGGCGGCGGCGGCGGGGACGUCGGCCAGAGACGAAUCCUGUCCUGUCCUCAGCACGGCCAGCGGCAGAGCAGAGACCAUUCUCCUGGGACCAUUCCUAAGGAAGAAACACCCACGCUGUGACAUAUGCCACUGCCACCGCCACUGCCACCUCUGCCUCCACCUCCCCCCCAGCUGGUGCCUCCUCCGCCUCCCCCACCAUCAGCGCCCCCGGUAAGUACAGAUGCUUCCAGCUUGAGAAAGGCAGAUCCCAAAGGUCGGAGUGCGCUGUUGGCUGAUAUCCAGCAAGGAACUCGCCUACGAAAAGUCACGCAGAUCAAUGACCGCAGUGCCCCGCAAAUAGACAGUUCUAAAGGAACCAACAAAGAAGGAGGAGGUCCUGCAAACUCUCGAGGCGGGAGCACGCCCCCAGCCCUGGGAGAUCUGUUUGCUGGUGGCUUUCCAGUGUUACGGCCAGCAGGCCAGAGGGAUGCAGCAGGCGGCAAGACAGGGCAGGGCCCUGGCUCCCGAGCGCCUUCUCCCCGGCUUCCCACCAAACCUAUCAGCGGCCCGUUCAACCCCCCUGCGUCUCCCAGGCUAGGCGACGCCUCCGAGGCGCAUGGCGCGGCCUGGACGGUCCCUCCGCGCCCCAGCAUGCCCGCCCCACCUCCCCCGCCCUUACCCCCGGCCCUGCCCCCGUCCUCCCCCGCCAAAGCCCCGCUGGUGUCCCCACCUGGCCCACCGACCAAGGGGAGCCCCCCGGUGCUCGCACCCCCUCUGCCCUGUGCACCGCCUCCUCCACCCCCGCCGCCCCCGGCCUUGGCUCCCAGUGACAAGGCGGUGAGGCCUCAGCUAGCCCGCUUGCACCUACCGCCCGUCCCCCCGCCGCUCCCUCUCCUCCCACCUUGCGGGUACCCUGGGCUCAGUGCGGACGCUGCCAGCCCUGCCCAAGAUGUGCCGGAGCCUCCCGCCCCGCCGCUCCCGCCGCCCCCGCUCCCCGCUUACGCCCCACGCACCCCCAGAGCCUCUCUGCCUGCGCCCCCUUUGCCAGGCGCUAACGACAGCGGUGAAGCCCCACCCCCGCGGCCCCCCAAGUCCCCGUGCUUCCAGGCCCAGCCCCACGAGCCCAGCGCGCAGGCCUUGCCAGCGCCGCCCGCCCUUCCGGGGUCCCAGACGUUCCCGCAGAAGAAGAGGCCCGGCCGAGGCCCCGGGACCAGUGGGGGAAAGCUGAACCCACCCCCAGCACCCCCCGCGAGGUCACCCACCACGGAGCUUUCAAGCAGGAGCCAGCAGGCCCCAGCCUGGACCCCGACCCAGCAGCCUGGAGGUCAGCUGCGGAAUGGAAUCCUGCACAUCAUCGAUGACUUUGAGUCUAAAUUCACGUUCCAUCCUAUGGAAGAUUUUCCUCCUCCGGAUGAGUAUAAACCAUGCCAGAAGAUUUACCCCAGCAAGAUCCCCAGAAGCAACACCAUCUCCUCUCCCCGUCCUCUCAGGCCUUCUCCCUUCACACCAUAGAAGGAGCCCUUGGCAAGGCUACCAGUGGACCCGAGCAUGGCCAAAUCCAGGGGUCAGAGGCGUCAGCUGCAGUCCAUCACACCCUCCUCCUGAAGCACUUCUUUGCUUAGAUUUUCUGGCUGCCCUCUUUCUCCCCUCUCCUCCCACUGCAAGCCCACUGCUCCUCCAUUUUUUGUCAUACCCAAAACCUUGGAAUCGUAUUUGGCUUCUUUUUUUCUCUUCUGCUCCCACAUCCAAUUUCCCAGUAAAUUCUGGGACCUCCUCCUUUGAAAUGCAUCCCCAAUCUGAUCACAUGUCCUCUGUCACUCACCCCUGGCUGAAGCCACUGUCGUUUCUCACCUGGAUGCUGCAAGCACCUGCUAACCGGUGUCCCUGCUCCACACAGCAGCCCGAAGUGAUUCCUCUAAAGCCCAGUCACGCUGCCCCUGCUUACAAUCCUCCAGUGAAUUCCCAUCUCCCUCCAAGUCAAUCAGAAAUUCCUGUCAUGGCUUCUAAGACCCACAUGAACUGCCCAUUGCCGCCACUCUCCCCAUCAUCACUUCCCUCCAACAGCAUGGACCACCUACAAUGUGUAGAACGCUCCAAGCACACCCCCCAUCUCUGGGCUCUUUGCACUUGCCCUUCCUUCUAUGGGACACUUUCCUCAGAUAUCUGCGAGACUUACUCCCUGCUUCCUUUAGGUCUUUUAUUAAAAUAGAGUUACUUUAUACCUGUAGC